GGUAUGGCCCCCCCUGCCACAGCCCUGGCACUGUGCCUGGCACUGCUCCUCGCCUGGCCGACCCACGGUGAGAAGCGGCUGCCGAGACCCCAGAACGUGCGCUUUGCUGCCGAGAUCGCCCAUCACCUGCUGCGCUGGGAGCCGGGGCACGACAGCCCCAGCAACGUCUGCUACGAGGUGGAGCACAAAGUCUACGGCACAAAUUCCUCCUGGACAGCCAUCCCAGACUGCAUGAAGAUCUCGGGGCACUCUUGCGACCUCACAUACUACACUCUGGUCCCUGCCCUGCGCUACUACGCGCGGGUCAGGGCUGUGUCAGGGAACCACACGUCGCUGUGGCAAAGGACCAACGCUUUCUCCCCACAAGAAGCCAGCCUGCGCCUGUCAGGCCAGAGCCUCUCUGUGAGGGGAAACACCAUCCACGUGCAGCUGCAGCUGCUCCUCAGGGCAGGAAACCUCACAGUGAAAUAUGACGACAUACAGAAGCACACGAGGCAAUACCGGGUGUACGUCAGGAGGGCGCAGGACAACAGGACGUUUGAAGAGGUGAAGAAGGCCCCGGAGUUCAUCAUCAGCAACCUCUUCUGGGACACGGAGUACUGCGUCAGCGUGGAGCCCGAGGUGGCCAGCCGGCACACCCGCGCCGUGCGCACCGCCGAGCAGUGCCUCACCGUCGGGCACAGAGACAGGAGUGCAGAGCGGGUCCUGAGCAUCCUCAGCUCCUUCUUCAUCACCCUGCUGAUUUUGGGCCUGCUGGGAGCUCUGCUGGCAUGCACCUACAUAAAGAAACCUGUGAGGCCACCCUCUGUCCUGAAAUCUUUCAUAAAGCAAAGCUCACUCUGGGUGGACCAGGAGUCCCCAUCCUCAGGCAGCCCAGAUGCAGACCCUGUCCAGCAGCUGUUCCUGUGCCAGAAGGGGCCCCGGAAGGACAGCAGCCCCAGCACAGCCCAGCUGCCCCUGGAAAAGGGCUGGAAGCUGCCAGCAUGGCCUGAGGACCAGCCGUGCCUUCUGGGUCUGGGAGCCAUGGGGAGCAGAGACAGCAGCUGCACCAGCACCGACAGUGGCAUUUGCCUGCGCAGCUCUGAGCCGAGCUGCUCCUCAGGCCACAAGCCCCAGGGCUACAAGCAGGUUCCCGCUGGUGACGACAGUGGUGUGGUCUUGGGGAGCUCCUGCCUGUGCCCCACCUGCCCCUCCAGCAGCGGGAUAGCCAGUGAGCCCCAUGAAGCAGAGCUCAGCCCCUCCACCCUCCAACAAGCCAUGGAGUUCCACGGGUACCUGCAGCAGUCCCAGGGCACAGGGGAGCCCCAGCAGGACCCAGACAAGGGGAUGCCCUUCUUGGGCCACCCAAGCACCACAGACAUCGUGCUGGGUGCAGAAUGCUCUGAGCUGCCUGUAGCCAAAGGGUAUUUGAAGCAGUCCUCUCCGGAGCAGCUCUGCAGCCACACACAGGACCUUGCUCCUUGGGGGGCCCUGAGCUGUGGGGCUCCAGGUGCCCCCUUGGACUCUAAAGCCAGCCCUGAACUCCUGAAAGCUCCUUUCAACCUGAGCAUCUUCAACACUGACCUCCUGGGGACACUGCCCCUCAUCUCCAGCCUCAGCACCAACGAGUGGCUCCAGCUGCAAAUCCAGCCCCUGACCCUGCCCGAUGGGGACAGCAAGGACAGCCGCCUGUGAGCCACCCCCGUGCUGGGGAGCUGGUGCCCACCAGCCCACCUACCUCUUCUAACCCCUGCUCAUGAGGAGCAGCUCUUCUGAUAAGCUACCACCGAUGCCUGAAUGUUAGUGCCUCAACACGAGCAGUGCCCUGGCUGAGACUGGCAUGAGAAGCACCAGCUCAGCUACUUGUGGGGCUGCCUUGGCCCUGGCACUGCUGCACACCCUGCACCUUCCCUCCAGCCAGUCGCCAGUGGAAAGCUAACGAGACAUGGGGAUGGGAUGUGCUGGAGGGGCUCCCCCCUCCUCUAACCACCAGGAGGAUACACACCAGGACAUGUCUGCCCAGCCCGGGGAGGACACUCACUUCCCUCUUUCACUGGCUCUUUCAGCUGAUGUCUACAUUGCUGAUGCCAUCCAAACCUUUCACAACACAGACACUGAAAACAAAGAGCAGCCUGACGUCAGCCAUCCCACUGCUGGGAACAUGGAGCUCCCACACUGGAGGGAGUGAGGGACUUUCCUGACAACCCUACAGAGACCCUUCAGCCCCUAUGGCCCAGCUGCAGGGCACUGGCUACCUCUGAUGUGUGCAGGUUGCCACGUGAGCCCAGCGUG